UCGUAUCCUUUGGAACCGGUCACCGUCACGUCGAACCCGGAUUCGUCGUCAUGCCAUCCGGGCUUCUACGAUAAACCGCCAUCUCCUUUCACAUACCUCACCGACAACCACCUCGUGGGGUGCAUGUUAGAUUAUGACUGACAGGCUCUCUUCCUUGCCGACGCAAUCAGUGACUCCGAGUCAGACGGCCGUCCUCAGUCCCAAAUCCGCUCCUGCCUGGCCUCAUCAUGUCUCACACAAGGUCCAGGCGCCGAUCGAGGAGGAACCCUAUACGAUCAAGUGUAUUUGUGGCUUCGCUGACGAUGACGGGAACACUAUUUAUUGCGAGACGUGCGAUACCUGGCAGCAUAUCGAAUGUUAUUACCCCAACACAAUCGACGAGGCCUUGCGAGAAGAUUUCGCCCACUCCUGUACCGAUUGUAAACCUCGAUCGCUCGAUCACCAAGGCGCUCUUGAGCGACAGCGACUACGAAGGAGUAAACCCAAUACGUCAGAAGCGUCCGAGAGGAAAGUCAAACGACCUCCGACCAAGAAUAAUAAAAAGAAGACCAAACCAACAGACCUAAUACCGAAUGGCCACACUACUUCUGAUUCUAACCCUAAACACACGCACGACUACACCUCCACUCACCAACACAAAAAGUCCAAAAGCACACACCGGGCAAAUCAAUCCAUCUCCUCGCAAAACCCGAAACGCAGCCCUUCCUAUGGCCAAAAGGCUGGGAAUCCCCACGGUCAUCCACCCAGCCCUGCUACGACACCUCCAGACGUCCCACACGAGUUCGAGAUGCAAUACUCGAAUGCUUUCAUAAAUCUAUACAAGGAUGACCGCGAUGUAUCCAUUGUUCAAACAAAUUCUUUCGCUAGUCUUUCCAUUUCCAACGUUUUAUCUUUGUGGUUACGAGAUCACGACAAGUUGAGAGCCGAAACAGGAUGCGCUUUCGAUGAUGUCUUCCAAUCUUUACCGCCCAACAUUGAUUCGACCAAGGCUUCCCCUCGAGUAGAGUCCAAGAAAGUAGCUGUUGGAUCGGAUGCUUUCGUACAUUCACAACAACUCACCACUUCCGAAAUAAUCGACAAGGAUGUGCCUUUAAUAGAACUAAAUGGCCAGAUCGGAAUACAAAAGGACUACUGUGAAGACCCGGAGAACCGCUGGCAGGAGUUAAGCUCCCCGCUUCCGUUUGUGUUCUUCCAUCCGAUGCUCCCUAUUUAUAUCGAUACCCGAAAGGAAGGCUCCCUCGCUCGUUAUGUACGACGAAGUUGCAAACCAAAUGCGGUGUUAGAUACUUAUUUAUCCGACAGCUCUGAAUAUCAUUUCUGGCUUGUGAGCGAUCGGCGUAUAGUACCCUCCGAACAGAUCACUAUUCCGUGGGAAUUUAACCUUCAGAAGGAUGUGGCACGAAGAUGGGCACAGCUGCUUGGCCUCGGCGACGACGAAACUGGCACACAACCGCCCUACAAUGAGGAAGAAACGGAUACAUACCAAAAUAUCGCCUCAUGGGUUCAUGCUAUACUUACUGAAUAUGGCGGGUGUGCGUGUGAUUUAGCGGAGGGCUGCGCGUUCACUCGAUUUCAUCGAAAUUACAUAUUGAAACCUCAACAGCAAUCAAAAGGACCUAAGGGUGCCAAAAAGAAACCUCGAAAGACAAAGACGAACGCUAUCUCGCCAACAAGCACCGGUCACGCCACGAAUAGCCGUGCUCCUAGUGAAGGUCGUGGCGAUGAUGGGGUGGAUAAUGAUUCGGGUUCGUCUCGUAGUAAACCUCCUAGUCGAGACAUGACUCCUGCACCACGACAAGGCUCUUUCGACCAAUUAGGUGUAUUGACAGAACUUACCGACAGAGACAAGCGGAAGGUUCAAAUGGUAGAGGACACAUUCCGUCGAAUGGAGCAGCAGCAGCCUCCACGGAAGAAGAAGCGAACUUCAGAUGGCACUAACAGUACCACUACGACCGCGAAGCCUAAGCCGAGAGGGUCGUCUAUCCAUUCGAUCGGAGUUCCCAAUGGUGCAUCCGAGCGUCGCUACGUCGAUGCUGGUACCUCGCGAAGUAUGUCGGGCUCCCCAUCAAGCGCAAUAUCGCCAAAUACGACCAGUCAUUUCAAACAUGAGCCACGGAACGGCUCUAAUGAGCAUGCGUCGUCACCAGGCCCUCGUCCGGAAUAUUGCGACGUGUCCAUCCAGACGGAUCCUGUUGACGGAGAAUGGUUUAGCAGCCUUAGGCAGGCUCCGAAACCAAAACGACGAGUUGUUUCUCUAUCGAAGCGACUGCUGGAAUCGCGGCACCGCUUGCGAGCGGAUGAAGACCGUAGGAAAGUGGUCCAUGCUGCCUCACCUACUUCGGUUGUGUCCGCUCUGGUGAAGAUGGAUUUAGAAUCACCUACUACAGAAAAUAGUCCGGGACCAACGGUCCCAGAAAUUCCAAAGCAAGACAAGCCAUCACCGACACCACUAGACUCGACUACUGAUACGCCCAUGACCGAUGCCCCGUCUAUAUCACCUACAGAUACCAAACCUUCCUUAGACGAGGUUCCGACGACAGCCGUACCGAUCAAGAAUAAGUCGCCAGAAUUACGUGUGCAGAUGCCUCCUGUCCCUGCGUUUAACAACUCCGCGUCGCCCAGCGUGACAACUCCGAUGUCCGCAAACGGAACACUAACUCAAUCGCCCUUUUCCGCUAGUAGUAUGCCUAGUCCUUUUGCGCCAACGUCGGUGAAUAGCGUCGCAGUUCAGCCUAGUCCAGUCAAGAAGAAGCUCAGCCUGAGCGACUACACGAAGAGUAGGAUGAACAAGGCAGCCGCAGCGAAGCCGGUAGUGUCUUCGCUAAAGCCGCCAGCUACGGUUGUGGAAGAAGCUAAAUCACCGACGUCUACCGAUUCGGUGAUGCUUGAUCCUCCAGUCGAGAAAAGUAUCAAUUAGAUCGCAAACGCAAGUGAUGUGUCAAUAUCCUUGUGGUAUAUAGGUGGGGACAUUCAGUGCCUGGCUUAUCACUGUUACUCCGUAACCUUAUUACAUUCUGCAGUCGGGUGUAUAUCUUAGCUGCACUCUGGAAGCCAUCGUAUGUGUUAUUGGGAUGUGGAGGUGGACCGGCACGUCGUCGGAUGGGCUGCAUUUCUGCAUUAGGCGUUGGGUG